UCAACCUUUCUCUUCAUUUUACCAUCCCACCUCCUAAUCAUCAAAUUAAGUUUGAUCAGAGAUCUAUCUCUAGCUAGGCGAGUAUAUAUGGGGUGGUGUCUAAAAUACUGCGGCCUUUGGGCAAUGAUGAUGACCAUCAUUUCUUUAGUUCAGGCUGAAGAUCCCUACCGUUUUUUCGACUGGAGGGUCACUUACGGCAACAUUUAUCCACUUGGCAUUCCUCAAAGGGGAAUUCUUAUAAAUGGACAAUUUCCUGGACCGGAGAUUUACUCUGUCACCAAUGAUAAUUUGAUCAUCAAUGUUCACAACGAUCUCGACGAGCCCUUUCUCUUGUCUUGGAACGGAGUACAGCUGAGGAAGAACUCAUAUCAAGAUGGAGUGUAUGGGACUACUUGUCCAAUCCCACCGGGCAAGAACUAUACUUAUGCCAUCCAAGUCAAAGACCAGAUCGGUAGUUUCUUCUACUUCCCUUCCCUCGCCUUUCACAAAGCCGCCGGUGGUUUUGGUGGCCUCCGUAUCCUCAGCCGCCCUCGCAUCCCCGUCCCUUUCCCUGAACCCGCCGGAGAUUUCACCUUCCUCAUCGGCGAUUGGUACUCUCACCAUGACCACAAGAAUUUGAAGGCAAUUUUGGAUAGAGGUCACAGGCUACCCUUGCCUGAUAAGGUUUUGAUCAACGGCCAUGGUGUCAACUUUUCUUCUUCUCUCACCGUUGACAAAGGUAAAACAUACAGAUUCAGAAUAUCGAAUGUGGGGCUUCAACACUCGCUGAAUUUCAAAAUAGUCGACCAUCAGAUGAAGCUGGUUGAGGUCGAGGGAACCCACACGAUCCAGUCCAUGUAUUCCUCACUCGACAUUCACGUUGGCCAGUCUUACUCUGUCCUAGUCACCAUGGACCAGCCUGAGAAAGACUAUUCCAUCGUCGUUUCCACUAGAUUUGCUGCCAAGAAGCUCGUGGUCGGAUCUACUCUCCACUAUUCCAACUCCAGACAAAGCAUCUCUUCUAAUUCUCUCUCUGCUAGAGGGCCUGCCGAUGAACUAGACUGGUCUAUCAAACAAGCUCGGUCCAUUAGGACCAACCUGACAGCGUCCGGGCCAAGGCCCAACCCUCAGGGCUCGUACCAUUAUGGCCUAAUCAAUAUCUCUAGGACUUUGGUACUAGAGAGCUCAGCGGCCCUGGUGAAGAGGAAGCAACGCUAUGCCAUAAACGGCGUGUCGUUUGUGCAUUCCGACACUCCGCUGAAGCUGGCGGAUUACUUUAACAUCAAGGGUGUUUUCAAAGUGGGAAGCAUCCCUGACCAGCCGAGAAGAGGAGGGAUAAGGCUGGACACGGCAGUGAUGGGAGCAAACCACAGGGCUUUUAUUGAGAUUGUCUUUCAAAACCGGGAGAAGAUCGUCCAGAGUUACCACCUUGAUGGAUACAGCUUCUGGGUUGUUGGAAUGGAUAGAGGAACAUGGUCACAUGCGAGCAGACGAGAGUAUAACCUCAUGGAUGCGGUUUCUCGCUCAACUACUCAGGUGUAUCCAGAAUCAUGGACAGCCGUAUAUGUGGCAUUGGAUAAUGUGGGGAUGUGGAAUCUAAGGAGUGAGUUCUGGGCGAGGCAAUACUUAGGACAACAAUUUUACCUACGAGUUUACUCUCCGGUUCACUCUCUCAGAGAUGAAUAUCUUGUGCCCAAUAAUGCUCUGUUGUGUGGUCGAGCCUCCAACAUGAAGAGACCCAUCAUCACUCCAUAGAUCACAUUUACAUUACAUUAUUCAUACCAAUCUAUAAUAGAGUUGAUUAACCACUAUCGUUUAGAUAUAUAUUCUGUUUGGAAAUAAAUGACAAGCUAUUCAUAAUUCUUCACCAAAUAGUUCAUUUCUUUGUAUUACAAACUAAUCAAAUCAAAAUAAUUAUUAAAUAUUCGUUUUGGUUGUUUAUAAAUUGUACGCAAUGUUAUAAUUUAU